UGUUAUUAUUAUAAUGAAAGUACAGGAAAGAGUCAAUGGGAAAAGCCUCAAGAAUCAUACUUAACUGAGCAAUCACCAUCAUCUUCACAUCUCCCAGAAAAUUGGGUGGAGUCAUUGGAUGAAACAACAGGUCAUAAGUAUUAUUACAAUACAAAAACUCAUAUAUCACAAUGGGAGAGGCCUAAUUUAGCUCACGAAGUUUCUGUUGGUGAUGGAUAUGACCAAUCAUCUAAUUUACCACGGUGCAUGGGAUGUGGUGGGUGGGGUGUUGGCCUUGUUCAAGCAUGGGGUUACUGCAAUCACUGUACAAGGGUUCUGAAUCUUCCUCAAUGUCAGUAUUUGUUCUCAAGUUUGAACAAUCAGCAAAGCAGUGCUGCACAUCCCUCUCAAAUUUCAGACAAUAAGUCUAACAAAGAGAGGACCAGUUCGAAACCUCCAUUUCACAAAGGAAGCAGAAAAGGGGGAAAGAAACGUGCUCAUGCAGAGGAUGAUGAGUUGGAUCCCAUGGACCCUAGCUCCUAUUCUGAUGCUCCUCGUGGUGGCUGGGUCGUGGGUCUGAAAGGUGUGCAGCCACGAGCAGCUGACACAACAGCAACAGGUCCUCUCUUUCAACAACGACCAUAUCCAUCUCCUGGAGCUGUUUUGCGGAAGAAUGCUGAAAUUGCUUCUCAGAAGAAGAAACCAAAUUCACAUUUUACUCCCAUUUCCAAAAGGGGUGAUGGAAGUGAUGGGCUUGGUGAUGCAGAUUAGAACCAUCUUAUCAGAUACAUUUUACUCUAAUAUCCAGGAGUUAGAUAAGGAUGUCACUGCAUUGGCAAAACCAUCUGUGCUGUUGUGCAGUAAUACUGUGACUUACUGCAAAUGGCUGAACGGAAGCUAUACUUGAAGCAUUCUGACGGGUGAUGAUGAAAAUGGAACUCGGCUUGGCAGGCAUUCAUGAGCAGAAACGUCAUAACCAUAUGAUUUUUCACGAUUGGAAAAAUCUAGAACCUCAAGGUUGUGUGAGAAAGGAAAUUCUGAGCCUUCCAACAUGGUCUGUGCUCAUUCAUUUUGUUCAUCAUUAUAGCUAGUCAUGUUACGCUAGAAAUAUAAUUUUCUUUUUUCAUUAUAGUACGAUGGUAUUUUAUGAUGGUUGAUGGAGAUGUGUGUAGUCCAGAUCUUCUUCACUUUCUUGGAAUACCUGUAUUUGGUGUAGAUUCUCAGAUUUCAUGUAUCGUUCUUUUAUAAAAAUUGGGACAUAACAGCACUUUCACGAGUU